AAAAUUUUUCAGAGUUCAAUGCUGAAGACUAUGCUGAUGAUCAGGAAGCACCUCUUGAAGAAUUAUUUGAUCAUUUGGAUCACUUUAUUAAUUAUCUUCAAUAUGAUAAUAUUAAUAUCGAUCAAUUUUUACCUGCUGGUGCAACUUUAAUUAAGCAUGAUAAAAAUCCUCCUCGCAGUAAAUCCAUAGAAGGCAUUGAAUAUAGUAUUCCACCGGAUACUGAUUUUCAUAAAUGGGUACAAGAAUUCGGAAAAUCGACGGGAGCACCCUAUGUAAAACGUCAAAUAUUUCAUAAUGAGGGAAAUGUAAGUUUGCAAGUAAUCUACAAAUAUCAUCGUGCUGGGACCUACCAAAGCACAACAGGUAAAGAUCAAUCAAUAAAAGAACCACGACCUAAUCAAAAACCAAGCAAAAAAUGUGACUGUAAAUCACGCAUCAUUGUUGCUAAUACAAACACACCUAAUGGAAAACAAAUGAUUAUUAAAUAUACUCCCUAUACUAAUCACAUUCCUGGCUCUGAUAAUGACAUUGGCACAUUAAGACUUUCUAAGAAGAUUCGUAAUUGGAUUACUGAACAUAUUCGAGAUGGUCUUAAUGUCAAGGGAAUUAAUCGACUGUUCCAAAAGCGAGCUCGGGAUAUGUCAAAAGGAAAACUCUUCGGAUUUACAGUCCCGAUUUGUAAAGAAAUUAUUCAUGACAUUUCUGUCAUUCUUCUCGAUGCAACUCACGGGACAAAUAAACAUAAGGAUUUAUUAUAUACCUUGCUUUUUCCUGACCCCAAAACCGGAAAAGGUAUUACGCUUGCUCACCUUAUUUCAUCCCGCAAAAACUUCGAAUCUGUACAGUAUUGGUUUUAUAACCUUCGCGCUCAAUUUCCUGAUUGGCAAGGUCCUACUGCAUUUUUAGUUGACUGCGAUAUGGCACAAAUCAAAGCUCUUCGUGUGGUUUUUCCAGAAAAAAAAACCCAGUCAUUAGAACGUAAACUCACAUCUGAUGAGAAAAGAUCAUUAGAAAGUGAGCUCUUUGAAGAUUUAAA